GGUUCAUUCACUCUUACGUAACUUUUUCAGUUAAUAAAAUUUUUCCCUUUCGCGCAUCCUGUUUGUGGGACCAUCAUAUACUGGUUAAUCAUUUUAUCACUUUAGCUUUCACGCUGUUUUAAUUUCCCCAUUUUUGCUUCCCCUAUUUUUUCAUUCUCAAAAUGAGCGACGUCGAAAGUGUUGAAAACAACGUAGUCGUGGAGGAGAAAACAGUUUUCGAUCACACCACGGCCAUACAGAAGGUUUUGAAGAACGCCCUGGUGCACGAUGGGCUGAAAAUAGGAAUCAGAGAAGUCAUUAAGUCGAUUGAGUCGAAGGAGGCCAAGGCAUGCUUCUUGUCCGACGUAUGUUCCGAGCCAGCAUACAAAAAAUUAAUCACAGCUUUGUGUACAGAGAAGAACAUCCCCCUUUUUAUGGUCGAAAAUGAUAGCAAGGAUUUAGGUCAGUGGGUUGGCUUGUUCAAAUUAGACAAGGAAGGAAAUGCUAGAAAGAUUAUUGGAGCGAGUUCCGUUUCGAUUAUUGACUUUGGGGAAGAAUCACCUGAGAAAGAUUAUUUAAUGCAACAGAACCAGCAGCCCGCCGUAGCUGCUUAAGAGGGGUCGUGGAGUUGUCAUGCCUCCCCCCCCUUUUUUUUUUUUUUUUUUUUUUU